ACACGUGUUAAUAUAUGUCAAUAUAUGGUAAUCAUAUGCAGGGGUGGUUCCCUGAGGCGUGGCGUCGUAUGCAAAUUUUAUGUUAACGUGUCGUUCCUUGGGCUUCAUCCACUCACCGGUCGUGGUUGGCCAAAUGUUGAUGUUGUUGAUGUUGUUGGUGGUUGCUGAUGUUGUUGAUGUUGUUGGUGGUUGAUGUUGUUGAUGUUGUUGGUGGUUGUUGAUGUUGUUGGUGGUUGAUGUUGUUGGUGGUUGAUGUUGUUGAUGUUGGCGGCUUGAUGGCGGUGAUGGUGAUGAUGAUGGUGAUGCCGAUGGUGAUGUCGAUGAUGAUGAUGGUGAUGAUGGUGGUGAUGGUGGUGAUGGUGGCGAUGAUGCCCACGGCGGCGAUCGCGACCGCUGACGAACCGAGGCUCAAGUUCGCCACCGUGGUGUUCCGCCAUGGGGACCGCUCCCCAAUGGGCAGCUACCCCACCGACCCCCACUCAGAGAGAGACUGGCCUCAGGGGUUCGGACAACUCACCCAGCUGGGUAUGCGGCAGCAGUUUGAGUUGGGGCGCUUCCUACGGCACAGAUACUCAGAGCUCAUCAACAGCACCUACCUCCACUCACAGCUGUUCGUGAGAAGCACUGAUGUGGACCGCACGUUGAUGAGUGCCCAAGUCAACCUGGCUGGGCUGUUCCCUCCUCAGGGGGCACAGCAGUGGAACCCAGAGAUCACCUGGCAACCACUGCCGGUGCAUACCCAGUCCCAGGACACGGACAUGCUGUUAAGGUUCCCACUGCCGGACUGUCCCAAGUACGAGCGCCUCAUGGAGGAGACGCGGCAGAGUGAGGAGUGGAGACACGCGGAGGCUGUGAACAAGGAAUUCCUGCAGUUUGUGGGCGCUGCGUCCGGGUUGAGCGACAUGGGUCUAGACAAAGCGUGGCAGCUGUACGACACUCUGUACGUGCAGAGUGUCCACAACCUGUCUCUCCCCGCCUGGGCUCUCUCCGCUGAUGUCCUGCCCAGACUCCGCUCUCUCUCCGCGCUCGACCUCCUGUUCAUGUUCGGAGGCUUCAAGCCGCAGGAGAAGAGCAGGCUUCAGGGGGGAAAGUUGGUGGGCUACGUGAUGGGGAACCUCACAGCCUCGGCCAAUGGGAGCUCUCCGCUGCGAUUACAGCUCCUCUCUGCACACGACACAACGCUGGCGGCUGUGCUCUCCGCCUUCUCCGCCCUCUCCGGCGACGCCUCCUCACUGCCUCCCUACGCCGCCGCCCUCCUCAUCGAACUCCUCGUCCAUAGCAACGGCUCUCACUGCGUGGAGCUGUGGUACCGCACCUCUCCGCUGACCCCUCCACUGCCCCUGUCCCUGCCCGGCUGCCCCCACCGCUGCCCUCUGGACGACUUCUCUGGCCUGCUGCUGCCCAUCAUGCCGGGAGACUGGCGGGCCGAGUGCGGGGGCACGGCGGGCCGCCAGGGCACGGCGGGCACCCUCACUGCUGGGCUGCUGUUGACCCUGCUGGGCACUGUGUCGCUGCUGCUGGUGCUGGUGGUGCUUUGGAGGCAGCGACGGAGCAACAGAGACGCAGUCUACAGCCAGCUCAUGUUGGGGGACUCCUGAUCACUCACUCACACUCACUGUUACACUCACUGUUACACUCACACACUCACACACUCACUGUUACACUCACUGUUACACUCACUCACACACUCACUCACCCACUCACUCACUCACACACUCACUCACUGUUACACUCACACACUCACACACUCACUCACCCACUCACUCACUCACACACUUACACAGUCUACAGCCAGCUCAUGUUGGGGGACUCCUGAUCACUCACUCACACUCACUGUUACACUCACUGUUACACACACUCACUCACUGUUACACCCACUCACUCACUCGCUCACCCACUCACUCACACACUCACUCACUGUUACACUCACACAC